GCGAAGCAACUAACCGAACUUCUCGCCUCGCCCCGCUCUCUCUCCCCUUGCGAGCAAUCCCCAGUCGUCCGUACACUUCCGAUCGAAACCCUCAUCUCUCUCUCUCUCUCUCUCUCUCUCUCUCUCUCUCUCUCUCUCUCACUCUCUCACCCACGCAUUUCUUUCUCAAAACCCUAGCCAUGUCAGUGAAGCGCUCCCGCAUUUCGCGAUCCUCGAGCUCCACCGACGUCGUGCUCAGCCGCCGCUCUUCCCCGGCCGCCGACCCGCCGGAGCUCCGGUGGGCCGCGUUCUACGGAAGCUUGAGCACCGCUGCCGCUGCUGCAAGGGCCGCGAGAUUGGAGGCCGGUCGCCCUCGCCCGGGGAUCCUGUCUGUCUCGUCGCCGCCGGUGGUUGAGGAGGAGCUCACGUGCGAGCCGCCGAACGGGAAUUUCCUGGAGAAAUGCUACUACUGCAAGAAGAUGAUCGGGGAGGACGAUGAGGUUUUCAUGUACGGCCACUUGCGGGCGUUCUGCACAUCUGAUUGCCGUGAUAAACAGAUUGCCAUGGACAGCUUGCGGGGAAUAUCGUCUGGUAGAUCAAGCGUAACCCGGAGUGACUGCUGCAAGAACAAGAAGAAUUAAGAUCAGUGAGGCUCUUACUUGUGAGCUCGCUAUUAUGUGCUCCUCCGAAGUAUAUUUUAGGUAGUCUAUUCUAAUGAUUCCGAUGGUGCAGCUUUCUGGUUUUUGUUAUAAGCAUGCACUUCUACAUAGGAUGACAACUUUUGCAUCACUGGCAUAGCCUCUUGGUCCGUACAGUUAACAACCUAACCAAGAGUUUGAAUUUUUUGGUCUUGAUCCCAUAUCUUGGUGAUGAUUCUCUAAUCU